AUGAAGACCUCAACAACAUUGGGCCUCCUGGCCCUGGGAGCUCAGGCAGUCUAUGCCACUUGCGAUUCCGUCUCCCCCUGCCAGCCGUCGGCCGACGCCGUUCCUGGCUGUGCCAAGAGAUGCCUUGACAAAGCUGCCGUGGCUGUCCAAUGCGAGGCUGGCGACUAUCAGUGCAAUUGCAGCAAGAAGGCGGACAUCCGGAAAGUCGCCUUCGGCUGCGUCACGAGCAAAUGCGGCAUCUUUGGAGGAAUGGAUGUCCUGAAUUCCGUCAAUGCUCUCUGCGAUUGCGUCGUGGCGACCCCGACGACGAAAUGCAGCAGCCAACCGGCCAGCACGGCGCCUCCUGUCGUCACUUUCACGAGCAGCGGCCCCGCGAGCGCCGUGCUCACGCCCAUUCCCAACCCCGGCGUCGGCUCGACGCUGCCCUUGACGACGGAACCUGCUACGACGGUGCAUUCUACGACGGAGGCCGUCAUCACCGGUGGCCCCAGCACGACGGCUCCCGCUUGCAACCCUGGUUUCCCCUGCAAGGCUGAGGCCGACAAGGUACCAUCCUGCGCGCAGUCCUGCAUCCUGUCGGCCGGAAGUGCCGUGGGAUGCAGCGAUCAUGGCUGCCGCUGCCGGUCGGCCGACGCCAUUCAAAACAAGGCCUUGACCUGCGUCCUCGGCGCUUGCGACUUCGCCACGGCAAUCCAAGUCCUCCCCGCCGUCCAGUCUCUCUGCUCCUGCGUGUCUGCACACCCUACGACCCCAUGCUCUAGCGAGGCUCCCAAGCCUUCGUCGACCGAGACCGUCACUAAGGUGACGAGCACGUCGAGCGUGCCCGGAACGUCGGAAAGCAGCACCUCCAAGGCUACCGACGUGGAAAGCACCACCUCUGGAACGACAACCCCCCCCAGCGUCACCACGCAGGCACCUAGCUGCACCCCCGGCAAGUCGUCCGACUGCAAGGCCGUUGCCACCGGACGUGUUCCUACCUGUGCUCAGCGAUGCUUUGCCGAAGGAAGCCCCCAGGUUGGCUGCGGAGCCGAAGACUACGCUUGCCAGUGCCGGCCGGAGAAGCAGAAGUCGUUGUCCUCGAUUCUUCUGCCCUGCGUCUUGACGGCCUGCCCGCCCGCUUCCCUUUCUGCCGUCAUCACCGGAGCCGGCAGCGUCUGCGCAUGCGCCACCGCUCCCCCUCCGGCCGGUGACUGCUCCAGCACCAGGAACCCCGGCAGCACGGUGACGGAACCUAGCGUCCCCGCCACCGAGACGGUUCCUUGCACCACGGCUGCCCCGUCCACCACCAAGGCGCUGCCCACGGGCGAAAGCAGCAGCUGCGUGCCCGGCACCAAGCCUGACUGCGCUCCCGUCGCCAGUUCCGCCGUGCCUGAUUGCGCCAAGGCCUGCUUCACUAGCGCCGCACCCCAGGUCAACUGCAAGGUGGAUGAUCACAGCUGCCAGUGCCAGCCGGCGGCACAGAAGUCUCUGUCUGAGAUUCUCGUCCCAUGCGUCAUCACUGCCUGCCCGCCAGCGGCGCUUCCUUCCGUCAUCGCCGGAGCGUCCAAGGUUUGCGCCUGUGCGAACGCGCCUGGUGGAGGUAACUGCCCCGGCGAGCCGACCCAGACGGGCCGCGAGCCUACCCAGACAGGAGGCGCUCAGCCUUCCCGCACGAACGCAAGUGGCCUUCCUCUCCCCACGGGCGGCAUUCAUCCUCAACCCAUCGAAGAUGAGGAGCCUACCGAGGGCGAGCAGCCCGAGGAGGGUGAGCAGCCCGAGGAGGGUGAGCAGCCCGAGGAGGGUGAGCAGCCCGAGGAGGGUGAGCAGCCCAGCAAGGGUGAGCAGCCAUCGAAGGGUGAGCGGCCCGGCAAGGGUGAGCAGCCCGGCAUGGCCGAUCAUCCCAACAAAGUUGAUCAGCCCGGCAAGGGUGAGAAGCCCGGCAAGGGUGAGCAGCCCAGCAAUGGCGAGGAGUCGGGCGAUGGCGACUCGGACGAGUCCCCCGAGCCCAUCAACAGCCAGAAACCGGCUGGUGAUGCGAAGCCGACUCCCCCGGUUGUUACUGCUUCGGCCGGCAAGUAUGAGAUGAGUCUCGUCGCUUGUGUCUUUGGUGCCUUCUGGGCUCUUGCUGUUGCCCUGUGA